GCUGCAAAAAUUAUCCACCACGCAUUCCACUCCACGCAGUUCCUGUUUUCAAAAAGAGAAUAAUACUUCAAUGGACUUACGGAAUAUACUCACUUAUAGAAAGGAAACGUUGUUCCAUGCGGAGGAAUAUUAUUAUUUUUCGCGUAACGUCCACAAAAAGGAAUACUCUUUUUUUUUAUUAUUAUUGUUUUUGUUUUUUGAAGGUUCGCUUGAGUGAAAACAAGUUAGUUUAUCACAAUGCACCAGAAACAACCGAAAGCAAACGAUAUUCGUGAUGCUGCAGCUGUUGCCAUUUGGAGAUUGAGUUAUACAUAAGCGUUCUCAUGAUUGAUAGCGUGAAAAGUAAUGCGACUACAUUCAUCAGUCUUGUUCAUAUUAUUCGUUUCCCGAUGCGUGGACGUAAGCGGAAACGGAAACCUAAAUGGACAACUUAGACGCACAAGAAGCACCAAAGAUGAUUGCAGCUAUAGCUUUAACGUGUCUGGAAGUGGGGGUACCUUGACUAGUCCUGAUUAUCCUGAUAAAUACCCCAGCAACACUGAUUGCAGAUGGUUACUCAAUGCUGCAGAACCAAAUAUCUCCCUCCUACUCCGAAUAGACACCUUGCAAAUUGAACCUGAUACCAACUGCAAAUUAGACUACUUGCAGGUAUAUCUUGGAGCAACAACCCUGGCUCCAUCCCUUGGUCCUUUCUGCGGAAAUAUCAAAGAUAGGGUUCUGAAGACAAACUCCUCAACUCUUCUCUUAGUCUUCCAUUCUGAUCCAGUAUACGAAGAUAGAGGUUUUUCCAUUGACUACUUCACUCAGAGUGCAGGAGAUUGCAAAGCAUCCUUAACAGAAUCUUCAGGCACCAUAAGAAGUCCAGGGUUUCCCAACAAUUACCCCGACAAAACAGAUUGCUGGACCCUCAUAACAGUCAACCCAGACAAGAAAAUUAAGUUAAACUUCGAUUCAUUGGAACUCGAAUAUGGGGAAAAUUGCACAUAUGACUAUGUUCAAAUAUAUGACGGUGCUACAAGAAAUUCUCCUCUUAUGGGUCAAAUAUGCCGACGCCAGGGUGAUAUGAUUUUCGAAUCUUCAAGCAAUACUAUGUUGCUUCAUUUCCACUCUGAUGAAUCUGUCAAUAGAAAAGGAUACAGGGCACAUUACUCAGCAAUUGAUACCAGGAGUAUCAUGACGGGUGAUUGUCUCUGGGAAAGCGGUGAUAUGAAUGGUACAAUUGCAAGUCCAAACUAUCCUGCCAAUUAUCCAAACAAUGCGAACUGUAGCAUAUGGUUGCAAGCACCUGAAAACUACUGGAUAUCAAUAACAUUCGAUGCACUACAAAUGGAAAUUGAUACUAACUGUUCGUAUGAUUAUCUGCAAAUUAAAGAUGGCCCACCUCCAGAUUCCAAACUCAUGGGGACAUUUUGCGGGAAAAUGUCAGAACCAAAAGAGCUUCAAUCCAAAACUAAUGAAGUUGAGCUUAGAUUUCAGUCAGAUGAUUUCGCUGAAUUCUCUGGUUUUAAAUUAAGAUAUAAUUUCCUCACAAAUACCACAGAUUCCAUAUCAGGACCUUCAAAAACAGCUGAUAUGGGAAAAGUUUCAUUUGAAACGUAUCCAGAAAACGCAACUUUACCGAUAGGAUCUCCAUACAUGUUACGUUGCAGCACAAGGCAUCCUCUAGCCAAAGUUCGAUGGUUAAAAGAUGAUCAGUUCCUGUCCGGAGGAACGCCGCUACCUGGACUUAAAGUACUGACCAACCAGACACUAUGGAUUCAGAGUAUGGACCACCAUCUGACUGGUCAAUACACUUGCGUCAUCGUCACUCCAGAAGAGUCCAUUUCUAAGAGUGCUUUUGUCGUUGCACAGAGUGAUACCAAAAAUAAUGAGUCCGCAUGUGGCAUUGUAUUCCGCAAGGUCCCGAGAGACGCCUACUUUGCUGAGGGAGAAUUUGCUUACAUGGAAUGCCUAGCUGCUGGUACAAAUGUACAGUUUACAUGGGAAAAGGAUGGAAAGCCCAUAGAAAACAGUAGAAGGGUUACGAUUCUGAAGAAUGGAAUGCUUUACGUAGAUAGGGUCACCCUGGAUGACGCUGGCAUAUAUUCUUGCGUCGCCUAUGAUGAAAUAGCCAAGUGUCGAAAGAAAGCCUCCGCAUUUCUUCAAGUCAGCGAAAGAGCCAAAAUCGAUGAAAUUUGUGGAAUACCAAAAGCAGGCAAACCAUCUAAUGAUAUUCCCAUUAUGGAUCAUGGUAAGAUUGUUGGAGGCCAUAACACCAAGAAAGGAGCAUAUCCAUGGCAAGUCAUGCUAUGGGAACCAACACUGAAAUCAUUCUGUGGAGGAUCAUUGCUGAAUGAACGAUGGAUAGCGACAGCAGCUCAUUGCUUCGUCCACUAUCAACACCUCAGAUGGGAUCGAGUCGUCAUUAAGGUCGGUAAAUACGACAGAGAACACGAGGAAGUGGAAGAAUUCAAAACAAGCAUAGCUGACCAGUCGUCCAUUGUGAUACAUCCAGCUUUCAACAAGUUGACAUUCGACAACGACCUGGCAAUGAUUCGUCUACGAGACCACGUCAAAUUCACAGAUUACAUUUUGCCCAUAUGCCUCGGGGACAGAGAAAUGGGCGAAAUGUUUCUGUCUCCGAACGGAAGGUCAUCGCAAGAGGUUCGGAUGGGAACAGUUAUAGGAUGGGGGAAAUUGAAAGAGUCCGGACCGUCGCCAAGAUACCUCCAAGAAAUUCGACUACCCAUUGUUGAUCAGAAGACUUGUAAAGAAUCUACAAAUUACACGGUCAGCCGAAACAUGUUUUGUGCCGGAUAUGCUCAAGAGAUAUUAGGGGAUGCUUGCCAUGGAGAUAGUGGGGGCCCGUUUUUAAUGUCACACGAAGACAGAUGGUAUUUGCUUGGUAUCGUAAGCUGGGGUGAAGGCUGUGGAAAGGCCAACAAAUAUGGUUUCUACACCAAAAUUCCAAACUAUCUACCAUGGAUAAAAGGUAUCAUGAAAUCAUAAAGAGUGUGUCUACAACAUAAAUUAUGUAUCUUUACUGUGUGUAUUGAAACCCUAUAGUGUAUGCAUGACUAUUUUUUAUAAAUCGAUAUUUAUGUAAAGAACAUGGAUUUAAGUUUAAAAGAAUAAACUAUUCCAAAGAAGAA